AUUGAAAAUAAAUGUGACAGUGACAUAACGACUAACCUCAAAAUUACUUUUAAAUGCUGGCGUAAUUAAUUACUCAAUUCAUACUUAUUCGUGAAUAUUACAAUGAAAAAGUGUAGUUUUUUUUAAAGUUUGAAUUUUUCAAUGCCAUAAAAUGUUUACUCGACGUGUCUCAAAAUUCCUAAUCAAUGUAAACCGGUGUUUUCACACAUCAAAGAAUUACAGCAAAGACUCUGAACACCCACUUUUGAGAACUCUCAGAAUAUUGAAAGAAGAUUUUUACCGAAUCGAGGGCCCCUCGAAAAAUGAGCUUGAAAAGCAACGUGCCCUCAUGGGCCUUUUCCCUCGACAUGCCGAUGUUUUAAUCAUUGGCGGAGGGGCCAUUGGCUCUUCUAUUGCUUACUGGUUAAAAGAAAAAACCAGUAGAGAGGGCAUAAGGGUUAUAGUUAUUGAAAAAGACAUGACGUAUUCAAAAUGCACCACAGUAUUGUCACCAGGAGCAUUACACCAACACUUUGCAUUGCCCGAAAAUAUACAAAUGUCGCUUUUCGGAGCUGAGUUUCUUCGAACAAUUAAAAAAAGGUUCGGGAACGGGGUCCAAGUUAAUUUCAACCCUCAGGGGCACUUGGUUCUGGCGGAUGAAGCAGGUGCGCAACACCUUGUUGAUAACAGUGUCAUAGAAAGAGAAUUUGGUGUCAUUAACGAGUUACUGAGUAAAGAACAGCUUAAAAAUAAGUUUCCGUGGAUGAACGUUGAAGAUGUGGAACUGGGUUGUUUAGGGCUGGAAAAACAAGGCUGGUUUGACCCUUGGGCUCUGCUCUCAGUGAUGCGAUAUGGUGCCACUGACUUGGGCGCUCAGUACGUGGAAGGAGAAGUUGUUGACUUCCUUUUCAAGGAUAAGCAAGAAUACAUUGGGGAGGGUAUGGAAGAUGCUUCAUAUGAAGCUGUCCAAGAAGCAGUGAUAAAAUUACCAGACGGCCAACACAAAACCAUGGAAUUCGCUUUCUGUAUCAUAGCUGCCGGCACUGAGACUCUCGAAUUAUCACAACUUGCGAGAAUCGGAACAGGCUCAGGGAUGUUAUCAAUACCGCUUCCGAUUGAAAAAAGAAAAAGAUUUGUUUAUAAAUUUGAUUGUCCAGAAUCGCCUCCUGGAAUUAACACUCCCAUGACAGUCGAUCCCUCAGGGCUCUAUUUCCGCCGACAUGGUCUCGGUGGUUCUUUCUUAUGCGGCGUAUCACUUCCAGAAAAGUGUGACGAUUCGCCUGAGGGUUUUUUCAAUCACCAAAUUUCACCAGUUUUGCAGAACAGAGUCCCCAAAUUCAGCGAUAUUAAACUGAGAAAUUCCUGGUGCGGAAUUUACGAAAAUAAUUAUUUUGACGACAGUGGAAUAAUAGGCCCUCAUCCCUACUACCACAAUUUGUAUAUAGCGACAGGUUUUAGCGCUUAUGGCAUUCAGCAAGCUCCAGCGAUUGGCCGGGCUGUAGCCGAGCUUAUUCUGGACGGUGAUUUCAAAACCAUCGACUUGACUAGGUUUGGCUUUGAUCGAUUAAUAGUAGAUAAGCCAAUGUACGAAUAUAGGCAAAUUCAAUAAAAAGAGCUCCUCAAAUGAAA